CAACUAAUUAAAAACACGACUUGCAUUUGGUAAACGGAGAGGAAGGAGGACUUGGCACUUGUUUUAAGAGUGCAUCGAGAUAGGAGUUGCGAGCAGAACCAACCACAAACACCGCAUCCUCAUCCAACUUGAAAGUUGAAACCACAAAGCACUGGUAGAUGGCAAGCAUCAAUGAAGAAGAAGCUCCUAGUUCUCCAAAUGCUCCGACAGUAGCCAUGGACGCCAAGCUGAUGGUGGCCGCAGACCGUGGCGAUGUCAAGAAGUUGAAGGGUCUGCUGAACAAGGAGGAUGCCAUGGCGAUGGUUGUGGUGACGGCGGCGACGAGCAAGAAGCCUUCCAAGGAGGACCAGUUCCCUGCUGGCCGCAUCAAUCCCCUCCUGCUGGCAUCUGCGUGCGUUGGCUCCUGGAAGGCACUGAACUUCCUUCUCGAGAGGGAAGACGCAAAGAAGGCACCAAUGGUGGCUCCUACUCAAGAUUUCCUUGAGUUGCUAGCAGGAGGCAGCGGCACCAAGGGAAGAAGUGUGGUGUCAGCUGCUGGUGAUGUAGAAGAGGGCGUUGACCACGAGCCUGCUCCGCCUGCAGCAGGAGCACUUCUCAAGGGCGUCACUCCAGAUGGGGACACGACACUACAUGCAGUUGCCAGCAAUGGAGACAACGGCGAUGAUUUCUUGAAGUAUGCUGGCAUCAUCUGUGAUCGGGACAGGGACCUCCUGUUUGCGAAGAAUCACAUGGGCGACACACCAUUGCAUUGUGCUGUCCGUGCUGGGAGCUCCAAAAUGGUUUCUCGUCUCAUUGCUCUAGCUGAACAUGAGGGUGCCGAAGGGAAGCUCAAGCUCUUGAGAAUGGAGAACGAGCGUCACGAGACGGCACUGCAUGAGGCUGUCCGGAUUGAAGGUGGUAGAAUUCUGGAUGAUCAGGAGACACUUUAUGCUGUCCUAACUGAUGAAGACAUUAGAAGCCCGGGUCAUAAGGGUGAUGCUGACGGCGGCGGUGCACCAGAAGAGAAGAAUAUGGUCAGGCUGCUAAUGGAUUCUGAUCCCGAAUUGGCUAAUUAUCCUGCCAAAGGCAUUUCGCCUUUGUGCCUAGCCAUCUUGCUGGAGAAGGAUACCAUUGCAGUCACUCUUUAUGAAAAGAGUGGCGGCAAUCUCUCCUACUCUGGACCAGAUGGACAAAAUGCAUUGCAUGUUGCGGUUCUCCAAGCUACUAGUACAAACACAGUGAUGGUAAAAGUACUACUUAGAUGGAACAGGAGCCUUCCUACACAAGGGGACAAACAUGGGAGUACGCCUCUUCACUUCGCUUCGUCUCUGCACUGUCCAUUUGGUUUCUUCUGGUACCCUCAUUGGACUCGUAAUUAUUGGCGUACCAGGAUUUCCAACAUAGUGGCAAAAGUAUUUAAAGCUAACCCAGCAGCUCUGUAUCAAGCAGACAACAGCGGACUGUUUCCCAUACAUGUCGCUGCCUCCAUAGGUACCGUAGAAUUUUUUCUUCGGAAGUCCCCUAGUAGUGCUGGAUUGCGCAAUGCUAAAGGAAGGACGUUUCUUCAUGUUGCCGUUGAGAAAAGAAGAUGGGAGAUAGUCUCAUUUGUUUGUCAGACUCCAUCUGCAGAAUGGAUUUUGAAUAUGCAGGACAAGGACGGAAACACGGCACUGCACUUAGCUAUCAAAAGUAGGAUGCUUAUGAUGUGCAGUGCUCUACUUGGGAAUAAGAAAGUGCAUCUACAUUUAUCAAAUGUCAAAGGGCAUACUCCCCUUGAUCUUUCCAGAAGCAAUCUUCCUCGGGGCAUGUACUAUGCUCUGACCGCUGAAAGCCGGAUACAUAUGGCUCUCAAAUUAUUUGGUGCAAAGCACAGUGGUCUUCGCUGUGAUCACAUUGAGCAAAAGUAUAGACGUCCUCUGAACCAAAAGGAGAAGAAGAAACAAUCAAAUUUGAUUAAAGAUACAACGCAGAUGUUUAUUGUCGUUGCAAUCCUGAUAGCAACUGUGGCUUUCGGUGCAACUUUCGCCAUUCCUGGAGGUUACAAAGCAGAUGAUCAUUUGAAUGGAGGCACACCAACACUUGCUGGGAGGUAUAUUUUCGACGCAUACAUGAUGGCCAACACGUUGGCUUUUGUUUGCUCCACUGUAGCUACUCUUGCCCUCGUAAUAUCUGGAUCUACUAUGGUUGACUUGGGCACCCGGCAAUGGAACUUGAAUGCAGCUGUUUUUAUGUUGUCGAGUUCAGUCACAAGCAUGACGGUUGCUUUUGCACUUGCUGCGUAUAUGGUGCUAGCUCCGGUUGCUCGUAGCACUGCUAUUGCGAUCUUUAUGAUUAGCCCUCUCCCUGUGCUAUAUAGAAAUGUGGAGAAAAUAUUUAAAUGGGGUUUUCUUGCACGGGCGCGACUUGUUAGGAUGGGACCAAUCCCAACAAUAUUGAAUUUUUUCGCAGUGGUGGUCAUUCAGAUGAUACUGAUGGAUCUUUGGCCCCUCAUUGCUACCUUUGCUUGGGCUGCAUUUGCAAGGAUCCACCACUGAUUGGGGAGAACCGCGAAAUAUAUGAGAAGGGAUGAGGCAUUAAUCAUGAUUUUAACCUUAAAUGUUGAGAUGUUAUGUUACCGUAGUUUCGGUGUGCGUUGUACUGCCUUGUGUGACUUAAUUUGUUUGGUUAGACUGCUUUGUGUGCUUUUAAGUUAUCAAUAAAUUAAGUGAUGUUACUUCUA